ACAAAGUAACAUUGGCCAGUGGCCACGCUUUGCAAUUGCCGAACUCCCAUCACACAUACAGAUUCUCUCUUCAAUUGCUCCGUCCCAAUUCGCAGAUUCACAUUCCUUCUCCUUCUCCUUCUCCUUCUCCUUCUCCGAGCAAGCUCUGCUCUUGCUCUGCAAAUGGAGAGCUAUGCUUUGCAUUCGCUCUCCACCUCAACCUCCUUCUCCCUCUCCUCUCCCACCUGCUUGCACCGCCAACGUUCUCGCUCCAUUUCCAGUGCUCAAUUCUCUCUUCCACCGAACCCCACUUUCCAAUCCCAUUCGCUCCCAUCUCUCAGAUCACAUGUCUCUCGUUUCUCCAUGUCCCUUCCUUCCAAAUCUUCCUUCUUUAUCACUCCUACCCCUAAGCCUCACAUAGUCCACAAGCCAAUUCAAGCUUCUGCUUCUUCUUCUACGUCUUCUCCGCCACCACCCCCGCCUGCUACACAAGGUGCCAAGCUCAUUCCUUUGAUUAUUUCCAUAGGUAUAGGUCUUGCCGUUCGCUUCUUAGUUCCCAGACCAGUUGAAGUCACUGCUCAGGCGUGGCAAUUGCUCUCGAUUUUCUUGUCGACUAUUGCGGGCCUGGUUUUGAGUCCAUUGCCUGUAGGAGCCUGGGCUUUUUUGGGUCUGACGGUUUCCAUUGUCACCAAAACUUUGACUUUCUCGGCGGCUUUCAGUGCGUUCACGAACGAGGUGAUCUGGCUGAUUGUGAUAUCCUUCUUCUUCGCUCGUGGGUUUGUGAAGACUGGGUUGGGGGAUAGGAUCGCGACGUACUUCGUGAAGUGGUUGGGGAAGAGUACGUUGGGGUUGUCUUAUGGGUUGACGUUUAGCGAGGCGCUGAUUGCGCCAGCAAUGCCGAGCACCACCGCGAGGGCCGGCGGGGUGUUCUUGCCGAUUAUUAAGUCACUGUCGCUUUCGGCCGGGAGUCAGCCGGAACAUCCUUCGGCUAAGAAGCUGGGUUCUUACCUCGUUCAGACACAAUUUCAGUCUGCUGGUAAUUCUAGUGCUCUUUUCCUGACUGCUGCAGCUCAAAACUUACUGUGUAUCAAAUUAGCGGAGGAGCUAGGGGUGAUAGUUUCCAACCCUUGGGUUUCAUGGUUCAAGGCAGCUAGUUUACCUGCAUUGGUUUCUCUUCUUGCUACGCCAUUGGUUUUAUACAAACUUUAUCCACCUGAAAUUAAAGAUACACCAGAAGCACCAGCCAUGGCUGCAAAGAAAUUAGAAAGCAUGGGUCCUGUCACACGAAAUGAAUGGGUUAUGGUUGGUACAAUGCUUCUUGCGGUCUCACUAUGGAUCUUUGGAGACACCCUUGGGAUUGCAAGCGCUGUAGCUGCAAUGAUUGGCUUGUCAAUACUUCUUGUUCUAGGAGUCCUUGACUGGAAUGACUGCUUGAAUGAGAAGUCUGCGUGGGAUACCUUGGCUUGGUUUGCCAUUCUAGUUGGCAUGGCUGGCCAGUUGACAAAUCUUGGUAUCGUGAACUGGAUGUCCGAUUGUGUGGCCAACUCCCUUCGGUCUCUGUCUUUGAGCUGGCCUGCUUCUCUGCUAGUUCUUCAGGCAGCUUAUUUCUUCAUCCACUACCUUUUUGCAAGUCAGACUGGACAUGUUGGGGCUUUGUAUUCUGCAUUUCUAGCCAUGCACAGAGCAGCUGGUGUACCUGGUAUCUUGGCUGCACUUCUACUAGGUUAUAAUACUAACCUUUUUGGUGCAAUAACACACUAUAGUAGUGGUCAAGCUGCUGUGUACUAUGGAGCUGGCUACGUUGAUCUUCCUGAUAUAUUCAAAAUGGGUUUAGUUAUGGCAUUUGUUAAUGCUAUCAUCUGGGGAACAGUUGGCUCUUUCUGGUGGAAAUUUUUGGGCUUGUAUUGAUGUUUCAUUUCCAUGCUAGACAAGAAAACUGAAGUUUUCCCCAUGCCAUUAUGACUUCCUUCUUCCCAGCCAAAAGCAACAGUCUUCUGAGGAGACAGCUGAGAUAAGCAUUUCAUCAUAAAAGAUUCCUGCUUUCAUUUGUUAUUAACUUGUUAGUUUUAAUAUUGCCAUUAAUCCUUAAGCUUAUUUACAGUCACGCAUGAAUAAUUCUUUUGGUGGGAAUUGAAGUUACAGAUUUGAAAUCCUCUGUUUCUGUGGAGAUUUGCAUGAUCGGCUUAUAGUUAGCAUUCUGGCAUUUCAAUAUUGUGAUUGUGUCUGUGAGCUUCAGUAAAGGACUCACCCGGAAUCAAUUUUAGUCUGUAAAAUCGAAGCGAACUUGAUAUCUUGAGGUUGAAAAUUAAU